AUGGCCCUCUGGGCGCUGAGGGAAACAGAGGUUGCUAAGGACAGCGAGUUAUGCAUCCAGAAACGAGACCCAAGAACCCUGUCUCUGCCACCAGGGAAGACAGUGGAAAGAAGGAAAGGUCAGCUCCCGACAGUGAGCCCUCCACCCAUGGAGGAGACGUACCUGGAGCUCUACUUGGACCAGUGCUCCGCCCAGGAUGCCCCUACCCCACCCAGAUCACCCCUGCUGAGCCCAUCUGUGCCUUAUGAUGUGGACAUGCUUACUUCAUCAAAUCCAGAGACUGCAUUUAAUCCCCAGCUUGAAGAAGUCACAGAAACAUCUGGCAGUUUCUCAGCUGUGGAUCUUAGCUUCUUACCAGAUGAGCUCUCCCAAGAAAAUAAAGACCAGGCUGUCAUUAGGAGCAAGCAUGAAAUUGAAGAAAACUGUAAAACGCAAAGUCAGCAAACUACGUUGCCCUUACCCAGCCAACUGGACACUGGCCUGGCCUUAAACAGCAGCAGUGGGUCAAGUUCCCAUUCACAUCUGCACCCUGCUGAUGGUAACUCAGCCCAGCCCUCUCCUGAGAAACCACACUCCUUGCCUCUGGCGUCCAUAACUCCUAUGACACCAAUGGCCCCUAUUUCAGAAUGUUCUGGAAUUGUGCCUCAACUACAGAACAUAGUUUCCACUGUAAACUUGGCCUGUAAAUUGGAUCUGAAGAAAAUAGCUUUGCAUGCAAAAAAUGCAGAAUAUAACCCAAAGAGGUUUGCAGCUGUCAUAAUGAGGAUCCGAGAGCCCAGGACUACAGCCCUCAUAUUUAGCUCUGGGAAAAUGGUCUGCACAGGAGCCAAAAGCGAAGAGCAGUCUCGACUUGCAGCGAGAAAAUACGCUCGUGUGGUGCAGAAGCUGGGCUUUCCUGCCAGAUUCCUCGAUUUUACAAUUCAAAACAUGGUUGCAAGCUGUGAUGUGAGAUUUCCUAUCAGUCUGGAAGGUUUGGUGCUAACCCAUCAGCAGUUCAGUAGUUAUGAACCUGAACUGUUUCCUGGCCUUAUUUAUAGAAUGGUGAAACCACGAAUUGUGUUGCUUAUCUUUGUAUCUGGAAAAGUUGUGUUGACAGGUGCCAAAAAACGUUCUGACAUCUAUGAAGCAUUUGAAAACAUCUAUCCUAUUCUAAAGGGUUUUAAAAAAGCCUGAACGUAUCAUUCAACAUCUCACAGUAUAUUGGUUUGAAUAUACGCAUAAGCCCAGCAACAGAAACAGCUAGACUGUAGAUGUCCCAUGCACAUUUUGACUUUAAUUAUUAAAGUGUGAUUCUGUAUGAGUAACCAUGCCUAAGAAA